GAAUAAACCGAAGACCUUUGUUGUUCUGCAUAGAGGGAAACAAACGCGUUACAGUUGGUAAAAUAGGCGAAGAUGGAAGUGGAAGUAGACGAGAAAGACCUAAAAUCGGCGAGAGCCGAGCUUUUGAAAGAUGGGCGGCGAGGUUUACGUAUACGCGGAUGGGAGAUCGAGUCUCUUAAACGCUCUAUUCUCAACUCCUCGGCUCUCCAACAAUGGGAACAAAGCCUCCAAACCUCUCACUUGCCGGAAAUGAUUUUCGGUGAAAGUUGUUUGGUUCUUAAACAUGUCAGCAGCGGCACUAAAAUUCAUUUUAAUGCAUUCGAUGCUUUGGCCGGUUGGAAACAGGAGGGUUUGCCUCCUGUCGAAGUUCCUGCUGCUGCUAAAUGGAAAUUUAGAAGUAAACCCUUACAGCAGGUGAUAUUGGACUAUGACUAUACGUUUACAACUCCUUAUUGUGGAAGUGAAAUGGUUGAGCUUGAUUCAGACAAGCAUGGAAGCAAGGAAAUUUCAGGGGGGAGCUUGGGCUUCCAUUGGGAGGAUUGCGAAGAGAAGCUUGAUGUGGCUGCUCUCACAUUAAAAGAACCUAUUCUAUUCUAUGAUGAGGUAGUAUUAUAUGAAGACGAAUUGGCUGAUAAUGGAGUGUCACUUCUAACUGUGAAAGUGAGAGUCAUGCCAAGUUCUUGGUUUCUUCUCUUACGAUUUUGGCUUCGGGUUGAUGGAGUGCUAAUGAGAUUAAGGGACACCCGUAUGCAUUGUGUUUUUGACGAGAGUGCAAAUCCUGUCAUUCUUCGAGAAAGAUGUUGGAGGGAAGGCACAUUUCAAGCUUUGUCUGCUAAAGGAUAUCCUACUGAUUCUGCUUCAUAUAGUGAUCCAAGCAUCAUCAGCCAAAGGCUUCCUGUCAUCAUGCAUCAGACCCAAAAGCUUGUAGUCCCUGGUAACUUGUAGACUGUAAUUGCCUUCCGCAACAGAUUCAAAUUGUUUUUAUGCUGUGAAUUUUGGUCCAUUCAGGUGGAUUCCAGAAGCCUAAAAAAAAAAAAAAAUCCUUGUUUAUGCAUUUCAUGUGCCAUUAGCAAUCUACUUUUAUUAUGUAAUUUUGGGUAUAAACAAGAGUAAGAAUUCUACAUCUAAUAUUGGUUUAAGGUGUCAUAAUUUCAUCUCUUCCAACAUUAACCAUGACGUGCAAAAACUGGAAAAGAAGUUAAUCCAAGGAGCUUUUCAAAUGGAUGCCAGAUUGGAAAAUUAGUGCAGAAGCUCAUCGCUUCAAGUUGACAUCUCAAAGCAAUUCCUAUUUGUUGUCAAACAAAGCACGUGUAACAUUAAAAUUUAAAGCUCUUUAAAUCUACUUGAAAUACUUUCAAUUUAUUGAUGGGUUAAUUGGUUUUAUAUGUUCCAAUCUGUAAAGUUAUGGACAAUAAGUUAGUCAAUAAAUAAGAGGGUUGAUUUUAGAGUAGAUCAGGUAAUCCUAAAUACGAUGUAAUGAUAA